GCUUCCACUCUCCCUGAAAAAAAAACAAGCACAAAGCAGAGAGCUCUUCGUCGCAGAAACAAUGGCAUCAUCGUGUUCUUCCGCAACAACACUAUCUCUCUGCUCUUCAUUCACUACCCAAUGCAGAAUCUCUCACAACAGUAAGAACCCAAAUUUAAUUUCGAAUACCCAUUUUGUCUCCAAUCCCAAAAUUGUAUCUUUCUCCAAAACCCAUAAGCUCACCACAAUAAGACCCUCUUUUGUACCCGUUCUUAAAUCAUCUGAAUUAGAGGCUCCGGUUCUUGAUGCCGACACGGAUGCAACUGAGUCACAGCCUGAACCUGCUACUUUUUUGGAUGUCUCCCAGGAGGAGCCUAAACGGGAGGAGGUUUUUGCUGUUGUUAUGAUAGGGGGACGCCAGUAUAUUGUUAUUCCUGGCAGAUUUCUUUAUGUUCAAAGGCUCAAAGGUGCAAAUGUUAAUGAUAAGGUUGCCUUGAACAAGGUGCUACUUGUUGGAACAAAAAUGAGCACCUAUAUUGGCAAACCAAUCGUAACUAAUGCUGUUGUUCAUGCCGUAGUUGAAGAGCAGGGAUUAGAUCCGAAAGUUGUUGUCUUCAAGUAUAAGAAGAAGAAAAACUAUCGGAGAAACAUUGGUCAUCGACAGCCAAAUACAAGGAUAAGGAUAACAAGCAUCACAGGCUAUGAAAACUUCCCACAUGUUACCCUUGAUUCAUAGGAGUUUCGAAGGAGUGCACUCAAAAAGGUCAUAUUCAACAUAUUUGUCGAGCAUCAUCUGUGUUGUAUGUAGUUUCAUUUGUAGAUUAGUGUUUAGAUUGAAUGCUAAGUUCUAAAAUUGAAUCUUGAAAAUCAUUUGCAAAUGAGCUACUAUCCGAGUAUUA